AAUUGACUGAAGAUGAUAGAGAGCCGACCUUCGACGAGCUCACUCAGUUUAUCGCAUCGCGUGCGAGAGUGGCUUGUAGUAGAUUUGGACGGUUAGCAAACAGUUCUAGAAAAGGACAUAACGUAAAGACGAACUGUCACGUGCAAUCAGAGCAAGGGAAUAGUUCGACAAUGAAAACUAAAUGUAGUAUGUGUUCCUACGACCAUGCCAUUGAUAAAUGUCCACAGUUCUUAGCGCUUACAGUUCAAGACCGAUGGUCUCACGCUAAAAGCAAGGGUAUCUGUUUCGUCUGUCUUAGACAAGGACAUAAGGUUAAUGAAUGUAAGAUGACAAGGCUCUGUAAGGUUGACAGUUGUGAGAGGAGACAUCACGCUCUGCUGCACACUGACUCGACAAGCAACGUCGUAAAUGAUAAGCCAUCAUGCCCGGAAUAUAGGAAAAGAGUUGUUAAUCAUACCAGUAAGAUACAGACAUUAGAGAACGAAAUACGUAAGCCUUAUGACGUAGAGUUUUCAGAUGCUUAUUCAAGUGAUAAAUCAUUAUCAGUAGACGACAAGGUGGCUAUAAAGAUUGUGGAAGGUGGCAUGCGCUUCGGCAACGGUCAUUUUGUAGUUUCUAUACCUUGGAAAAAGAAUCCAGAUAUGAAAGUGGAUAACUGUGAAGUAGCAAAUCGUAGAUUACAAGGUUUGAAGGGUAUGUUGUCGAAGGAUGUCAGUCUGCACAUCAAGUAUAUCAAAAGUACUGAAAGUGAUUUUACUAAGACUUAUGCGGAGAGGGUCUUUGAAAUAUAUCUGCAGUCUUAUUAUCGCCCUCGAUGGUAUUUACCUCACCGUGCAGUAUUAAACAUGAAAAAACCAGAUCUUAGAGUGGUCCUUGAUUGUGCCGCCCAGCUUGCAGGGGUUCCCCCAAAUGAUAUGAUUUAUCAAGAACCCGAUACCACUGCUGAGUUAAGGUGUAUAUUAAUAAGUUUUCGCAAGGAGGCAGUUGCAAUCCCUGCAGAUGUUGAAGAAAUGUUCAUGCAAGUGAAGGUCCCUGAGUCUGAUCGAGGAGCUUCAAGAUUUCUGUGGUGGCAGGAGGGAGACAUGUCAAGGGAACCAUCCGAGUUUCAAAUGACAUCCCAUCCAUUUGAUGCCACAUCCUCGCCGUUUCGUGCGAACUUUGCCUUGAAUAAGACGACCCAAAUAUUCUUGGACGGUUAUGAUGGUUAUGUUGUAGAUGAUGUCAAGAAUAAUUUCUAUGCUGAUGAUUGCUUGAUAUCCAUUCCCACUUGUGAUCAAGCAAAGAGUUUCGUUAAGCAGAUAAGUGAAUUAUUAUGUAGAGGAAGUAUACAAAAAAUGACCGAUCUUGAAUCUUGGUUCAAAUGUCCUACUUUAUUGCAUGACGAAUUUUAUAUAACAAUCACUGACUGUCCGGAACCUACUCCUGACGAUAUUGAAUUUAGAAAACCUGCUGUGGUUAACUUGAGUAGUAUGAAGUACAACAUGACACCUAUUCUGUCUUAUUAUUCCGAGUGGUUGAAAUUAGUCAGAGCUGUAACCUGGUUUAGAAGGUUCAUCGAAUUCCUGAUGGUACUUCGUUUACCGAGUUGUGAAGGAUCCGUUCAUCUAGGAUGUUUAAAGGUUAAAGAGCUUGAGAUUGCCAAGCGUAAGAUUUUAUUGAUGGUUCAGAGAGAAGUGUAUGGAGAAUUACUUAGUGAAUUUAAGAACAGCAGUAAAGUAGUAAGCCAUGAUGAUCUGAAAGGUUUAUCGUUGAUGAUGCUUGAUGGGUUACUCUGCGUUGGAGGUCGACUAAGAUACUCAGAUUUCCCAAAUGCUUUUAAACAUCCAGUAAUUUUACCCAGUCGACACUUAGUGACGGAAAUGAUAGUUAGACAUUGUCAUAAAGAACAAGGACAUAUAGGGAGAUCAUUAGAAAAAGGGUAUGGAUAUGUGUUUACUUGUUUGCAAACAUGGGCAGUACAUAUUGAAAUGAUGUGUAAUUUGAUUUCUGAUUCAUUUUUAAUGGCUCUAUUACGCUUUAUUGGAAGAAGAAGGAAACCUCCAGAGAUUUACAGUGUCAGUGCGUCAAGCUUCGUGGGGACAGUUUCUGAGUUAAGCAAGUUUGUGCAGCAGUCGAAUCAGAAGAUAAACAUUGAAUUGUCAGCGAGGCCCUCAUCCAACAGCAUGGGUGGAGUUUGGGGAAGAGUGAUUAGGUCUAUAUCACGACUGUUAUCGUUGACCACCAGAGAACAGGUGAAGCAGGUCUCCUUGAAGCUUUGGAUUAGUCUUUGUUGUUAUUAAUGUAGUUAGGUCGAGUAGGCGUACUGUUGUAAGUCCUACUCGUUCCUAUGAUGUGAUAUGUUAUAUAAUGAACCAUGACCGUAGGCAUCAAGGUAGCUUGUGUGGUAUGGAGGGAUUUUGGGGACCGGUGUAAGAUCCAUUUUGAAGGUUUUGUGUGUUGGUGAAAAUCCCUCCAUGUAUAUACUUGUACUUUGUUCCUAUUGAUUCCCUUAGUUGUACAUUGUUGUAUUUUGAUUACAUUUGAGUUGUUAAUACUUGUAUUUUUUAUUAUAGUUUUUGUUUUUCUUACGCAUUCACUAAGUUUGUGUUUCUUCCUGAACUGCAUCUGUGUUGUUUUACUUGACACUUGUUCUUGGCGGUAGCCAUAUUGAUUUGUUCCUCCUGUUGUGUGUGAUCUAUCCAGCCAGGAUAGAAUAACGUUGAUUUGUUGUGAUUGGUAAUUUUUCCUCAUCUUCUAUCAACUUCUUUAUUAUUGUAAUUUAGAUUUAAUUGAUUGAACAAUCAUUGGUUGAAUAGCCGGGUGAUAAUAUUUGUUUAGGUAAUGAUUUACAUUAAAUUUAUUAUGAAUUAUAGAACCGCUAGUUACCCG